GUCAAAAUGUAAGUUCUGCGGUCAGUAAACAUCUCACAGAAUUCUGGUAAUAAAAAUGAGAGUAAAGGGGGUAUAUGAACAUUAUAUUGACCAUGACAGAAGACAUAACCCUUCCAUUGUAGCAACAGGAAGCAAAUGGUGAGCGCAUCAAGUCCCGUUCCUCAGGUUCUCACAUUCGCACUUCCACCACGCGCCCAUCAUGACGGACCGCUACAUUGCCAUGCACGGGCUCAACAUCAGCCACAGCCCGGUGUCCGCCAGCCCGACCAUGUCCAUCGAUAAGCUUUUCCCAGCGCUCCUGGAGUGUUUCGGAAUUAUCAUGUGCGGGUACGUGGCUGGCCGGACGGACAUCAUCUCCCCGAAUCAGGCGAAGGGUCUCGGGAACUUCGUCUCGCGCUUUGCGCUCCCCGCGCUGCUGUUUAAGAACAUGGUUCUGCUGGACUUCGGGGAUGUCAUCUGGUCGUUCCUGUGGAGCGUGCUGAUCGCCAAGGUCACGGUAUUCGUGAUCGUGUGCUCGCUCACGCUGAUGGUCGCUGGUCCGGAGAGUCGGUACAGCAAAGCGGGACUCUACUCGAUAUUUGCUACCCAAAGCAAUGACUUCGCGCUGGGAUACCCCAUUGUGGACGCCCUGUACAGGAGCACGUACCCAGAGUACCUGCAGUACAUCUACCUGGUGGCCCCCGUCUCUCUGAUGCUGCUCAACCCCAUCGGCUUUGCUCUGUGUGAGAUCCAGCGCUGGAAGCAGAGCCCGGACCACAACAGCCAGAGUAAACUGCACAUCAUCUCCGUCGUCUUACUGCAGGUCCUGAAGAACCCCAUCGUGUUCAUGGUGCUGGUGGGAAUCGUGUCUCACUUCCUGUUGGGUGGGCAGGUCCCUGAGCUGCUGCUGGAGUUUGUGGACGGAUUGGCCAACUCGUUUGGGGGGGCGGCGCUCUUCUACCUGGGCCUGUCCAUGGUUGGUCAGCUCAGGAGAUUGACGCGUUCCACUGGAGUAGCACUCAUACUGCUCAUCACUGCCAAACUGUUAGUAAUGCCACUGAUAUGCAAGGACAUGGUGGAGAUUCUGGACACGGCGAACUCCAGCUCAGCCAAUCACUCGAGCCUGUCCAACUUCGCCUUCCUGUACGGAGUGUUCCCCACGGCGCCCAGCGUGGCCAUCUAUGCAGCCCAGUACAACACCGAGCUGGAGGUGGUGACCUCUGGGAUGGUCAUCAGCACGUUCCUGUCUGCACCAAUAAUGUACGUGGCGGCAUGGUUACUGACCAUUCCCUGGAUGGACGCCAUGCCCUUGGUUACAGAGCUUCUAAAUGUCAGCUUCAACAUCAGCAUCAUCAGCUUGCUUGUUCUGGUGUGGACCAUAUCAGUGCUGUUCCUCAGUAAGAAGUUUAAAAGGUUGCCUCACAUGUUCGUUAUGAACUUGUUUCUGGCUCAGCUUCUGGUGUGUGUGAGCAUGAUUAUUUGGAAGUUUGUGGUGCAUCGGGACGACUUGUUGGGCCAGGUUCUGAUCUUCACCUUGCUGUACGGCUGCCUCUACAGCACAUACCUGUGGACAGGGCUCAUUGCCUUUUCUCUGGCCCUAAUGAAGAAGAAUGAGAAGAUGAAGAUUCGCCCAGCAGUCUUUGUGCUUCUAGGAUGGGGGAUUCCUUUCCUGACUGUGGGUGGGUUGCUUAUCGCUGGAGAGCGCAUGGAUGACACCAUAGACUCUGCCUUCUUUUAUGGGCGUGCUCAGAUGGGCAGCACGGCGGUGGUGCUGUUCUGCAGUAUUGCGCUGGGGGGUCUGUCUCUGCUGGGGCUGGGCAGGGGGACCCAGGAGGAGCAGCACUACCAUGCCCUGGACCAGAGCUCCAUGUCGGGCACCACCGAGGACGUGCGCCCCUACAGGGACCAGGAGGACCACGCCGCCACUCAGCCUGCCACCCCACAGGACACCAGCAACAGAGAAGAGCAGCCCAGCGAGAGGCCGGUCCCUCAGCCCAUGCCUGAUAUGAUUGUGGGCCAUCUGAACGACACCGCACCGGCACAAACAGACCAGACAGGGGCGCCACUGCGUGAAGCCCCCAGUGCUCGCCUGGCCCAGGAGGAGAGGCAGGUGGCCCGCCAUGCCCUGCUGUGUCUGCUGCUCAUCGUUGGCCUGCUGGCUAACCUAUCCAGCUGUCUCUGGUGGCUGUUCAAUAAAGACCCCGGCAGACUGUAUCUGGAGCUGCAGUUCUUCUGCGCGGUCGCCAACUACGGACAGGGGUUCAUAUCGUUUGGCAUAUUUGGGCUAGAUGAACAUCUCAUCAUUUUGCCAUUCAAAAAGAGGCUGGCCAGUCUGUGGGGUUCGGAGCCUGUGGAGGAGACCUUGGCUGCUGGUCAAGAGGACAUCCGGCUCACCUGCACUCAGUUUGUGCGCUACCACAAGGACCAGUGUGUGCAGGACCUCGUACGCCAAAGAAGGUGCAAAGGCCAUUGGUCAGGCUGUCCGGAGGCGGGCUCGUUCAUGGGUAGAGAGCUGGUUGAUUGGCUGGUGCGCGCAGGAGUGGCGGGCGAUCGGGCCUCGGCCGUGCUGUGUUGCGCUCGGCUGCAGCAAGGAGGAGUGCUGCGACGUGUCGGCCAUCAGUUCGGUUUCCAUGACAACUCGCUCUGCUACCACUUCACUAUUCCCGAAGCGUUCCGCCACCACGACGCCAAUAGAAUGCUACCCUGUGUGAUGUGACCUGAGAUGAAGGCGUUAGCAACGAGGAGCAGAUUAAUCAGGCAGCAUCUUCCCGUCAGAUUUCAGGCAACAUUUAACUGUGAACGUGACUUGAAUUUCGAUCGAAACUUCUAUUUUUGCAUGUUGUGUAGCUCUAUGCAGGUAUUUGAACCCAACACGGCAAGACGUCCCUGGCGUUUUGAAUACUUACGAUGCACAAACACACUCACUGCUGCAGCUUCUCCACUCUUUCUUGUGAUGUCAAAGUUGUUCAUUAUUGCAACAGUUCUAUGCACUGCACCUUUCCUCUCAGUUUGCCUGUGUGUGUGUGUGUGUGUGUGUGUGUGUGUGUGUGUGUGUGUGUGUGCGCGCCUGUCUGUGCCUUUUGCCUUUCAGAUGUUGUGUGGAAAAUGUGUGUGUGUUUUCUGCUGUAUAAGAGAUAUGUUUACAUUAUAGUAUUGUUAUAUUAUUAGUAUAUGUGUGUGUGUGUGUGUGUGUGUGUGUGUGUGUGUGUGUGUGUGUGUGUGUGUGUGUGUGUGUGUGUGUGUGUGUGUGUGUCUUUCUGCUGUUUAUGAGAUAUGUUUACAUUGUGUAUAGAUGAGUAAGUGUGUGUGUGUGUGUGUGUGUGUGUGUGUGUUUGAUGAAAUGUGUAGCGGCACUGUGUAUGUGUGUUUUAUAUGCAUAUCUCCACGUUAUCCUAUACGCACUGAUGCAGUGAAACCUGAAGACACAGUUUUGCCUAAAUGUUCGCCUGUGUCAAGAACCGAGCAAGUGUUCUGCAUCGGAAUCCGAAGUUCCAGUCACAGCUUGAAGAGGAGGCAGAUCGCCCCCUGCUGUUCAAUGACUAGAAGAAUUUAUUUCUGUAUGUAGGCCUACACUGAAAUGUGAAGUUCCCCCUAACCUCUGGACUGUAAAGUGGAUUCCUACUGCAUGUUGCCAUAGAUGUUUCUUUUCCCUUCUUGUGUUUGCCAUUGCCAGACCUUUGCUGUGUUUUUCCCCCCACGACACUAAUGUUCAAGGGGCCAACUUAGCUAAUGAGGUAGAAAGGGAGGGGAGAUGAUUGGGUGGGGGUGGUGUGUGUGUGUGUGUUGGUAAGAGUGUGUGAUGAUCAUGUUAUUUAUACCACUGUUGAAACCACUGUAUGCCCCAGUGUGGAUGUGUCCAUUGCUUGUGUUUCUGUUUAUAUUUCAAAACAACUGAGCGUUCAGAAAUGCCUAUCCAUACUAUAAUGCAUGUUCUUUGGAUUACCUUAAGAAUUCUGUAAUGUUUUUUUUUUCUCUGGACAGCAAAAAAACUGGUUUGUUCAUACUUCAUACACAACUGGCUGUUUUAGAUGCUCUGACAAUUCAUUCUUUACACUGGACUGUCUUAACACUUUGAGAAUUCAUGUUACAUUUUCUGAAUCUACUGUAUGAGUUUUAGGUCAUAGCAUGUGAGAAUCCUAAACUGCCAAAAUGUUGCACUAAAAUCGUUAGGCUUCAUAAUAAACAAAACUGUAAAAUUCACUUUGUUUUUAGACAAUUAAAAACAAUAAAGCUAUCUUGCUAUGUG